CGCCAAGGCAACGGCUCCGCUGCGGGCUGCGGGCGCCUGGCCGCCCCGGGGAGGCGCUGCGCGCUGGCGGUCCCACACGGCGAGGCGGCGAGACAGCAGGGAGAGGGCCGAGAGACUUCUGCCUGAACCUUGGGUCUGGAUUGCUCCUUCUCAAAGCUGGUUUCUUAAUUCCACCUUCACUUCUGACCGGGAACCUCUGCAGUUUGAGGAACUUUGCACCCAAUUUUCACACUGAUUAACCGAGAGUGGAACAUCUGAAGAGAUGCAAGCAAGAAAAAGAAAUUAAACCAGUGAAAAAGGCAGUAGCUGUCAUUCUGCCUCACCUCUGCCCUCCUGCCCCGUGUCCCCACAGGCCUGAGGAGCGAUGCAACAAGCAUGAUGGAGGUCGAGUCCUCCUACUCGGACUUCAUCUCCUGUGACCGGACGGGCCGUCGGAAUGCCGUCCCUGACAUCCAGGGUGACUCAGAGGCUGUGAGCGUGCGGAAGCUGGCUGCAGACAUGGGCGAGCUGGCACUUGAGGGGGCAGAAGGUCAGGCAGAGGCCAGCACCGCAGACAAGGAGGCCGGCAAGCCACCUGAAAGCAGCGAUGGGACUGCUUCACCUUGAGUCCAGCCUCAUCCAUGGAGGCUGGAGAAAGCCUGCUGUCCCCUCCAGAAUGAACCCUGGCAUUGGCCCAACCUCUUCUCUGAGCCCAUGUCCCAGGCCAGACAGGCUAGCCUGAGAGGCCCCUCAGAGGCCUCCGUGGCCCUAUUCUGGACAAGCCCUCUGCCCACACCCCUGGGCUCCAACCUGUCCCCCUCCUUCUCACUGAGCCCAGGCACAUCUGGAGUCACUGUACCCAUGGGGUGUUAUUUAUUCAGCUGGCACUGGGCAUGGGCCAGAUCCUGCCUACCUGGGAGCAGCUGACAUGGGCACACUUCUUUCAGGGGGGCCUGGACAGGGACCAUAUUCCCCCAGCACCCCUCCUUUCCAACCCCAGCCUUCUCAGUCAAGACCUUCUUAUCCCUUUUUUAAAAAAUACUUUUAAACUUUUUAAAAACUUCAAACUUUUUUCAGGAGAGAGGAAGGGAGCCGACAAUCAUUGCACAUUUUCUGGAAGCCAUCUUAAGCUCAAUUGACCAUCUGUGCUGCUCUGGGCUUUCCCACACGGAGCUUCGCAGAUCUGGUUUUAGAGAAAUUUGGGCUCAAAACUAAAUGAGCAAUUCUGUGCCCUUUUUACCAAGAUAAGUGAAAAUUAGGCCCCAGGAAAUAAAUAAUGAUUUGUGUGA